AUGGAUCCCGACCACCAUCUUCGCAUUAUGUUCGACAGUGACGGUCACAAAGUCGUGGAACUUCCGACUGGUGGACGUGUUGCAGUACCAUACGAUCCGCUUUGCGAAGCUGAACGUGCUGCUGCUGAGGCAGCGCGAGCUAUUAAUCCACCAGAUGAGUUACGAUGUCGAUACAAGAGUACGCGCUGCAACAACUUGCGUGCUCAAAAACGAAGUGGUAACUUGCACAGUCUUUGCCAAAUGCACCGCGACCGCGCUAAUCAAAAUCAGCGUAAUUCUGAACUGCGUAAACGAAGUGGCGAGCAAUUUUCACGCAGUCGACAGCGAUCUCUUGUUAAUAAUCAGGAAAAUGUCAGCUUCAAUCGGGAUAACUUGAGUGACCAAACGAUGUUAAAUUCCGAAAGUCCUCAGAUUCCGAUGCCCGAGCCACUUCAAGGCACCGAUGGCUUGCACCUCGAACCGACGUACGAUGAGUUGAAAGAGACUGCAAUGCUGCUAAGCUAUGAUCGAGACCAGAAGUAA